CCAAGUCCAACCACUUGGCUUAACUCAGAGUAGAAGCCACACAGAGGAGGAAAAAAAACAAAAAACAAAGUAGAGGCUUAAAUCAACUCAGAGAAGGGAGGGAUAGAGGGAGGAGGGGAGAGAAAACGCCCUGGAAGUCUAGCUGGUCAAGAAAUAGGAAAACAGAGACAGACUCCUGACAGACUGCAAACUUGUGGCAGUGUGCAAAGUGCUCUACUUGGGGGCCAAGGUGAGAAGACAUGUUUACAAGGAUGCUCAAGUGGGUGUGAGGCUUCUUUGGCGCAAAGUUUGCGCACAGAAGUAAAAACAAGAAGAAUACAAGAAGCAGACUGAAGCCCUUUGAUUUGCUUGAGCAGUCCAAGGAAAACAACAUCACUAUUUUUCUCUCACCAGGGCUGGAUUACAGGAAAACAAAUAAAGAUGGCUGACGAAGAUGAUACCAGGGAAGUACUCUUUCAGGAUUGGGAGGGUCCUGAUAAAACUGGCUUGACCAUUGAACACACAAGUGGAGGGGAGCUCUUAGUCAAGGAGGUGAAAGGAGAGUCCCCUGCAGCACGAUCUGGAAAAGUAUAUGAAGGUGAUCAGAUUGUUGGUGCAACUAUCUACUUUGAAAAUAUGAGCUCAGAAGAGACAGCAGAUUUACUGAAAACAUUGAACAAACACAAAGUUGGACUAAAGCUACAAAACAAAGGUGAUAAAUCCCCUUGCUACUCACCAUUGAACACACCAUGUCGUUCUCCAAUGGGAACUCUUACAUGGGAAGGGAAGACACAGUUUGGAGGAUCCAGUCCAGAAGUAAUUCUGAGUGGAGAGGAUGAGGACUACAAGAGGAUAUACACAAAAAAAAUUAAACCGAGGCUGAAAUCUGAAGACCUUGCAGAGGGAGUGGAUGUUCGUACAGAGCGGCAUAGCAGCACCAGCAGUGAUGGCAGUACGAUUACAACCAUCACUCGACGUAUCACUACGUACACAGUGGAAAUGCCAAGUGGUGUAAGUGAGAAACUAGAACUUUCAAGCCCAGACUUCAAAGGACAAAGACAUGAAUCUGGAGAUGGCUCUCCACAUGUCAGAAUCUUGCAUGGAAGCCCUUUAUCAAAAGUGGAGGCAGAAGAGGGUGUUUUUGAACCAUACAGUGUGACCCACACUGGAGCUAAAGGUAUCUCAUCAGAAACACACAGGGGUAGUAGUGGAGAUCAGUCAAAGACAAUUAUAAUGUCAAAGGAUGUCAGAUUUAAAGGACCUAACUUUGGAGUAAUAGGCCAUGAAGGCUCUAAAGUCUUCAGAGAAACUGAAGAAGAUGAAGCUGGAAGCAUAGAUGAGUCAAAAACACAAACUAUAUUUGGUAAAACAUUAGGAACCAAAGUAGAAAUUGCCAAUUCUGAUUUAAAGUCUGGCAAAGAAGAAGUCAGUUUUAAAAGGCCUAAUGUAAAGAUAUCAUCAUUAAACACCACAACCCCUGGUCAAGGCAGCACAGAAGUGUCAAAAGAAAUUGACAUAAAAGGUCCAAAAGUUGACACUGAAGGAAAAAGCAUGUCCCAAAUUACAAUGCCAUCAGUUAACUUAAAGGGUCCAAAGGCUGAUGUCCCAGAUAUUGAUAUCGACUUCAAAAAGGCAGGUAUUAAUGUAAAAGCACCAGAUGUUGACUUUGGAGGACAUGAUGCAAAACUGAAAGGAGCAAAGAUAACCAUGCCAGAUGUUGAUUUCAACUUGAAAGGUACAAAAAUAAUAAGUAACAUGGAUGUUUCAACACCGAAGACAAAAGUAGACAUUAAAACAACAGAAAUUGACAUUAAAGGUUCAGAAAUUGAUACUGAAGGGUCAAAGGGUGAGAUGCCUUCUAUAAAAAUGCCAUCAGUAAACUUAAAAGGUCCAAAAGGUGGUGUUACAGAUAAACUUAACCUAACAGGCCAGAAAGAGAGUGUUGAUGUUAAACUGCCAAACAUAGAAGGAGAUAUAAAGGGUCCAGAUGUAGACAUUGGAGGUCCAACUGUUGACUUAGAAGGCAAGAAAGGGGGUCCAAAAUUCAAAAUGCCAUCAUUUGGAAUCAAAGGUGCCAAAGUAGAGGGUCAAGAUGUUAAUGUGGACCUUCCUAACGCAGAUAUUGAUAUGAAAGCACCAGAUGUUGACAUUGAGGGGGCAGACACAAAACUGGAAGGACCCAAAUUUAACAUGCCAAGCCUAUCUGGACCAAACAUAUCCAUUCCAGAUGUUGAUUUAGACUUAAAAGGCCCAAAACUCAAAGGUGAUUUAGAUGUUUCAACUCCAAAGUUAAAAGGAGAUAUUAAUACACCAGGUAUUGAAAUAAAGGGUCCAGAAGUUGAUAUUGAAAGGUCAAAGGGAGGACUUGAAAUGCCUUCCAUAAAAAUGCCAUCCUUUGAUCUCAAAGGUCCAAAGGGUGAUGCUCCAGAUGUUGACCUGAAACUGAAAGGUCCAAAAGUUGAAGGGGAUGUUGAUAUUAAACUGCCAAAGUUUAAAGGCGAUAUGAAGGCACCAGAUGUGGACAUUGAAGGGCCAGAUUUUGAUAUUGAGGGGCCCAAAGCUGGACUCAAAAUGCCUAAGUUUAAAAUGCCAUCAUUUGGAAUGAAAGGCCCCAAAGUAGAAGGUCCAGAUGUUAAUAUUGACCUUCCAAAGACAGAUAUUGAUGUGAAAGCACCAGAUGUUGAUAUUGAAGGAGCGGAUGUAAAAGUGAAAGGACCCAAAUUCAAUAUGCCCAGCAUAUCUGGGCCAAAGAUAUCCAUGCCGGAUGUUGAUCUAAACUUAAAAGGUCAAAAAUUUAAGGGUGAUGUAGAUGUCUCAGCUUCAAAGAUAAAAGGAGACAUGAAAAAACCUGAAGUUGACAUUAAAGGUCCAGGAGUUGAUACUGAAGGGCCAAAGGGAGGAUUUCAAAUGCCUUCUAUUAAAGUACCAUCGUUAGAUUUCAAAGGCCCGAAAGUUGAUGUUCCAGAAGUUGAUCUUAAUCUGAAAGGCCCUAAAGUUGAAGGUGAUGUGGAUAUUAAGCUACCAGAGAUAAAAGGAGAUAUUAAGGGACCAGAUGUGGACAUUGAAGGUUCAGAUAUUGAUAUUGAGGGCCCCAAAGGGGGAUUCAAAAUGCCUAAAUUUAAAAUACCAUCAUUUGGAAUGAAAGGAUCCAAAGCAGAAGGUCCAGAUGUUGAUAUUGAUCUUGAGCUUCCCAAGGCAGAUAUUGAUGUGAAAGCACCAGAUGUAGAUAUUGAAGGACAGGAUGUAAAAGUGAAAGGACCCAAAUUCAACAUGCCCAGCAUAUCUGGACCAAAGAUAUCCAUGCCUGAUGUUGAUUUCAACUUAAAAGGCCCAAAAUUCAAGGGUGAUGUGGAUGUUCAAGCUCCAAAGAUAAAAUCGGACAUUAAAAAACCUGAAGUUGACUUUAAAGGUCCAGAAGUUGAUAUUGAAGGGCCAAAGGGGGGAUUUGAAAUGCCUUCCAUUAAAAUGCCAUCAUUAGAUUUCAAAGGCCCUAAAGUUGAAGGUGAUGUGGAUGUUAAGCUACCAGAGAUGAAAGGAGAUAUUGAGGGACCAGAUCUGGACAUUGAAAGUUCAGAUAUUGAUAUUGAGGGCCCCAAAGGUGGAUUAAAAAUGCCUAAAUUUAAAAUGCCGUCAUUUGGAAUGAAAGGAUCCAAAGUAGAAGGACCAGAUGUUGAUGUUGAUAUUGACCAUCCCAAGGCAGAUAUUGAUGUGAAAGCACCAGAUGUUGACAUCAGUGGAGCAGAUGUAAAACUGAAAGGACCCAAAUUCAACAUGCCCAGCAUAUCUGGACCAAAGAUUUCCAUGCCAGAUGUCGAUUUCAACUUGAAAGGCCCGAAAUUUAAGGGUGAUGUAGAUGUUUCAACUCCAAAGAUAAAAGGAGACAUGAAAACACCUGAAGUUGACAUUAAAGGUCCAGAAGUUGAUAUUGAAGGGCCAAAGGGAGGAUUUAAAAUGCCUUCUAUGAACAUGCCAUCCUUCAAUCUAAAAGGUCCAAAGGUUGAUGUGCCAGAUGUUGACCUCAAUCUAAAAGGUCCAAAAGUUGAUGUCCCAGAUGUUGACCUCAAUCUAAAAGGUCCGAAAAUUGAAGGGGAUGUGGAUGUUAAACUGCCAAAGAUGAAAGGAGAUAUCAAGGGACCAGAUGUGGACAUCGAAGGUGCAAAUAUUGACAUUGAGGGCUCAAAAGUUGGACUCAAAAUGCCUAAGUUCAAAAUGCCAUCAUUUGGAAUGAAAGGCCCCAAAGUAGAAGGACCAGAUGUUGAUGUUGAUAUUGACCAUCCCAAGGCAGAUAUUGAUGUGAAAGCACCAGAUGUUGACAUUAGUGGAGCAGAUGUAAAACUGAAAGGACCCAAAUUCAACAUGCCCAGCAUAUCUGGACCAAAGAUUUCCAUGCCAGAUGUCGAUUUCAACUUGAAAGGCCCAAAAUUUAAGGGUGAUGUAGAUGUUUCAACUCCACAGAUAAAAGGAGACAUGAAAACACCUGAAGUUGACAUUAAAGGUCCAGAAGUUGAUAUUGAAGGGCCAAAGGGAGGAUUUAAAAUGCCUUCUAUGAACAUGCCAUCCUUCAAUCUAAAAGGUCCAAAGGUUGAUGUGCCAGAUGUUGACCUCAAUCUAAAAGGUCCAAAAGUUGAUGUCCCAGAUGUUGACCUCAAUCUAAAAGGUCCGAAAAUUGAAGGGGAUGUGGAUGUUAAACUGCCAAAGAUGAAAGGAGAUAUCAAGGGACCAGAUGUGGACAUCGAAGGUGCAAAUAUUGACAUUGAGGGCUCAAAAGGUGGACUCAAAAUGCCUAAGUUCAAAAUGCCAUCAUUUGGAAUGAAAGGCCCCAAAGUAGAAGGACCAGAUGUUGAUGUUGAUAUUGACCAUCCCAAGGCAGAUAUUGAUGUGAAAGCACCAGAUGUUGACAUUAGUGGAGCAGAUGUAAAACUGAAAGGACCCAAAUUCAACAUGCCCAGCAUAUCUGGACCAAAGAUUUCCAUGCCAGAUGUCGAUUUCAACUUGAAAGGCCCGAAAUUUAAGGGUGAUGUAGAUGUUUCAACUCCAAAGAUAAAAGGAGACAUGAAAACACCUGAAGUUGACAUUAAAGGUCCAGAAGUUGAUAUUGAAGGGCCAAAGGGAGGAUUUAAAAUGCCUUCUAUGAACAUGCCAUCCUUCAAUCUAAAAGGUCCAAAGGUUGAUGUCCCAGAUGUCGACCUCAACCUAAAAGGUCCAAAAGUUGAUGUACCUGAUGUCGACCUCAAUCUAAAAGGUCCAAAAGUGGAAGGUGAUGUAGAUAUAAAAAUGCCAAAGAUAAAAGGAGAUAUCAAGGGACCAGAUGUAGACAUUGAGGGUCCAAAUAUUGACAUUGAGGGCUCAAAAGGUGGAUUCAAAAUGCCUAAGUUCAAAAUGCCAUCAUUUGGAAUGAAAGGCCCCAAAGUAGAAGGUCCAGAUGUCGAUGUUGAUCUUGACCUUCCUAAGGCAGAUAUUUAUGUGAAAGCACCAGAUGUCGAUGUCAGUGGAGCAGAUGUAAAACUGAAAGGACCCAAACUCAACAUGCCCAGCAUAUCUGGACCAAAGAUAUCCAUGCCAGAUGUUGAUUUCAACUUGAAAGGCCCAAAACUCAAGGGGGACAUGGAUAUUUCUGUUCCUAAGAUAAAAGGAGACAUGAAAACACCUGAAGUUGACAUUAAAGGCCCAGAAGUUGAUGUUGAAGGACCAAAGGGAGGAUUUAAAAUGCCUUCUAUGAACAUGCCAUCAUUCAAUCUAAAAGGUCCGAAAAUUGAAGGGGAUGUGGAUGUUAAACUGCCAAAGAUGAAAGGAGAUAUCAAGGGACCAGAUGUGGACAUCGAAGGUGCAAAUAUUGACAUUGAGGGCCCCAAAGGUGGACUCAAAAUGCCUAAGUUCAAAAUGCCAUCAUUUGGAAUGAAAGGCACGAAAGUAGACGGUCCAGAUGUUGAUGUUGAUCUUGACCUUCCCAAGGCAGAUAUUGAUGUGAAAGCACCAGAUGUUGACAUCAGUGGAGCAGAUGUAAAACUGAAAGGACCCAAAUUCAACAUGCCCAGCAUAUCUGGACCAAAGAUUUCCAUGCCAGAUGUCGAUUUCAACUUGAAAGGCCCAAAACGCAAGGGGGACAUGGAUGUUUCUGUUCCUAAGAUAAAAGGAGACAUGAAAACACCUGAAGUUGACAUUAAAGGUCCAGAAGUUGAUAUUGAAGGGCCAAAGGGAGGAUUUAAAAUGCCUUCUAUGAACAUGCCAUCCUUCAAUCUAAAAGGUCCAAAGGUUGAUCUCCCAGAUGUCGACCUUAACCUAAAAGGUCCAAAAGUUGAUGUGCCAGAUGUUGAUCUCAAUGUAAAAGGUCCAAAAGUUGAAGGUGAUGUGGAUAUUAAAGUGCCAAAGAUUAAAGGAGAUAUAAAGGGACCAGAUGUAGACAUUGAAGGUCCAAAUAUUGACAUUGAAGGCCACAAAGGUGGACUCAAAAUGCCCAAGUUCAAAAUGCCAUCAUUUGGAAUGAAAGGCCCCAAAAUAGAAGGACCUGAUAUUGAUAUUGACCUCCCCAAGGCAGAUAUUGAUGUGAAAGCACCAGAUGUUGAUAUUGAAGGAGCAGAUCUAAAAGUGAAAGGACCCAAAUUCAACAUGCCCAGCAUAUCUGGACCAAAGAUUUCAAUGCCAGAUGUUGAUUUCAACUUGAAAGGCCCAAAACUCAAGGGGGACAUGGAUGUUUCUGUUCCUAAGUUAAAAGGAGAUAUGAAAACACCUGAAGUUGACAUUAAAGGUCCAGAAGUUGAUAUUGAAGGGUCAAAGGGAGGAUUUAAAAUGCCUUCCAUUAACAUGCCAUCCUUCAAUCUAAAAGGUCCAAAGGUUGAUCUCCCAGAUGUCGACCUUAACCUAAAAGGUCCAAAAGUUGAUGUGCCAGAUGUUGACCUUAAUCUAAAAGGUCCAAAAGUUGAAGGUGACGUGGAUAUUAAACUGCCAAAGAUUAAAGGAGAUAUAAAGGGACCAGAUGUGGACAUUGAGGGUCCAAAUAUUGAUAUUGAGGGCUCAAAAGGUGGACUCAAAAUGCCUAAGUUCAAAAUGCCAUCAUUUGGAAUGAAAGGCCCCAAAGUAGAAGGUCCAGAUGUCGAUGUUGAUCUUGACCUUCCUAAGGCAGAUAUUGAUGUGAAAGCACCAGAUGUCGAUGUCAGUGGAGCAGAUGUAAAACUGAAAGGACCCAAACUCAACAUGCCCAGCAUAUCUGGACCAAAGAUAUCCAUGCCAGAUGUUGAUUUCAACUUGAAAGGCCCAAAACUCAAGGGGGACAUGGAUAUUUCUGUUCCUAAGAUAAAAGGAGACAUGAAAACACCUGAAGUUGACAUUAAAGGCCCAGAAGUUGAUGUUGAAGGACCAAAGGGAGGAUUUAAAAUGCCUUCUAUGAACAUGCCAUCAUUCAAUCUAAAAGGUCCAAAAAUUGAUGUCCCAGAUGUUGACCUCAAUCUCAAAGGUCCGAAAAUUGAAGGGGAUGUGGAUGUUAAACUGCCAAAGAUGAAAGGAGAUAUCAAGGGACCAGAUGUGGACAUCGAAGGUGCAAAUAUUGACAUUGAGGGCCCCAAAGGUGGACUCAAAAUGCCUAAGUUCAAAAUGCCAUCAUUUGGAAUGAAAGGCACGAAAGUAGACGGUCCAGAUGUUGAUGUUGAUCUUGACCUUCCCAAGGCAGAUAUUGAUGUGAAAGCACCAGAUGUUGACAUCAGUGGAGCAGAUGUAAAACUGAAAGGACCCAAAUUCAACAUGCCCAGCAUAUCUGGACCAAAGAUUUCCAUGCCAGAUGUCGAUUUCAACUUGAAAGGCCCAAAACUCAAGGGGGACAUGGAUGUUUCUGUUCCUAAGAUAAAAGGAGACAUGAAAACACCUGAAGUUGACAUUAAAGGUCCAGAAGUUGAUAUUGAAGGGCCAAAGGGAGGAUUUAAAAUGCCUUCUAUGACCAUGCCAUCCUUCAAUCUAAAAGGUCCAAAGGUUGAUCUCCCAGAUGUCGACCUUAACCUAAAAGGUCCAAAAGUUGAUGUGCCAGAUGUUGAUCUCAAUGUAAAAGGUCCAAAAGUUGAAGGUGAUGUGGAUAUUAAAGUGCCAAAGAUUAAAGGAGAUAUAAAGGGACCAGAUGUAGACAUUGAAGGUCCAAAUAUUGACAUUGAAGGCCACAAAGGUGGACUCAAAAUGCCCAAGUUCAAAAUGCCAUCAUUUGGAAUGAAAGGCCCCAAAAUAGAAGGACCUGAUAUUGAUAUUGACCUCCCCAAGGCAGAUAUUGAUGUGAAAGCACCAGAUGUUGAUAUUGAAGGAGCAGAUCUAAAAGUGAAAGGACCCAAAUUCAACAUGCCCAGCAUAUCUGGACCAAAGAUUUCAAUGCCAGAUGUUGAUUUCAACUUGAAAGGCCCAAAACUCAAGGGGGACAUGGAUGUUUCUGUUCCUAAGUUAAAAGGAGAUAUGAAAACACCUGAAGUUGACAUUAAAGGUCCAGAAGUUGAUAUUGAAGGGUCAAAGGGAGGAUUUAAAAUGCCUUCCAUUAACAUGCCAUCCUUCAAUCUAAAAGGUCCAAAGGUUGAUCUCCCAGAUGUCGACCUUAACCUAAAAGGUCCAAAAGUUGAUGUGCCAGAUGUUGACCUUAAUCUAAAAGGUCCAAAAGUUGAAGGUGACGUGGAUAUUAAACUGCCAAAGAUUAAAGGAGAUAUAAAGGGACCAGAUGUGGACAUUGAGGGUCCAAAUAUUGAUAUUGAGGGCUCAAAAGGUGGACUCAAAAUGCCUAAGUUCAAAAUGCCAUCAUUUGGAAUGAAAGGCCCCAAAAGUGAAGGUCCAGAUGUUGAUGUUGAUCUUGACCUUCCCAAGGCAGAUAUUGAUGUGAAAGCACCAGAUGUCGACGUCAGUGGAGCAGAUGUAAAACUGAAAGGACCCAAAUUCAACAUGCCCAGCAUAUCUGGACCAAAGAUUUCCAUGCCAGAUGUCGAUUUCAACUUGAAAGGCCCAAAACUCAAGGGGGACAUGGAUGUUUCUGUUCCUAAGAUAAAAGGAGACAUGAAAACGCCUGAAGUUGACAUUAAAGGUCCAGAAGUUGAUAUUGAAGGGCCAAAGGGAGGAUUUAAAAUGCCUUCUAUGAACAUGCCAUCCUUCAAUCUAAAAGGUCCAAAGGUUGAUCUCCCAGAUGUCGACCUUAACCUAAAAGGUCCAAAAGUUGAUGUGCCAGAUGUUGACCUUAAUCUAAAAGGUCCAAAAGUUGAAGGUGACGUGGAUAUUAAACUGCCAAAGAUUAAAGGAGAUAUAAAGGGACCAGAUGUGGACAUUGAGGGUCCAAAUAUUGAUAUUGAGGGCUCAAAAGGUGGACUCAAAAUGCCUAAGUUCAAAAUGCCAUCAUUUGGAAUGAAAGGCCCCAAAGUAGAAGGUCCAGAUGUUGAUGUUGAUCUUGACCUUCCCAAGGCAGAUAUUGAUGUGAAAGCACCAGAUGUCGACGUCAGUGGAGCAGAUGUAAAACUGAAAGGACCCAAAUUCAACAUGCCCAGCAUAUCUGGACCAAAGAUUUCCAUGCCAGAUGUCGAUUUCAACUUGAAAGGCCCAAAACUCAAGGGGGACAUGGAUGUUUCUGUUCCUAAGAUAAAAGGAGACAUGAAAACGCCUGAAGUUGACAUUAAAGGUCCAGAAGUUGAUAUUGAAGGGCCAAAGGGAGGAUUUAAAAUGCCUUCUAUUAACAUGCCUUCCUUCAAUCUAAAAGGUCCAAAGGUUGAUCUCCCAGAUGUCGACCUUAACCUAAAAGGUCCAAAAGUUGAUGUGCCACAUGUUGACCUCAAUCUAAAAGGUCCAAAAGUUGAAGGUGACGUAGAUAUUAAACUGCCAAAGAUUAAAGGAGAUAUCAAGGGACCAGAUGUGGACAUUGAGGGUCCAAAUGUUGAUAUUGAGGGCCCAAAAGGUGGACUCAAAAUGCCAAAGUUCAAAAUGCCAUCAUUUGGAAUGAAAGGCCCCAAAGUAGAAGGUCCAGAUGUUGAUGUUGAUCUUGACCUUCCCAAGGCAGAUAUUGAUGUGAAAGCACCAGAUGUCGAUGUCAGUGGAGCAGAUUUAAAACUGAAAGGACCCAAAUUCAACAUGCCCAGCAUAUCUGGACCAAAGAUAUCCAUGCCAGAUGUUGAUUUCAACUUGAAAGGCCCAAAACUCAAGGGGGACAUGGACGUUUCAGUUCCUAAGAUAAAAGGAGACAUGAAAACACCUGAAGUUGACAUUAAAGGUCCAGAAGUUGAUAUUGAAGGGCCAAAGGGAGGAUUUAAAAUGCCUUCUAUUAACAUGCCUUCCUUCAAUCUAAAAGGUCCAAAGGUUGAUGUGCCAGAUGUUGACCUCAAUCUAAAAGGUCCAAAAGUUGAAGGUGACGUAGAUAUUAAACUGCCAAAGAUUAAAGGAGAUAUCAAGGGACCAGAUGUGGACAUUGAGGGUCCAAAUGUUGAUAUUGAGGGCUCAAAGGGUGGACUCAAAAUGCCAAAGUUCAAAAUGCCAUCGUUUGGAAUGAAAGGCCCCAAAGUAGAAGGUCCAGAUGUUGAUGUUGAUCUUGACCUUCCCAAGGCAGAUAUUGAUGUGAAAGCACCAGAUGUCGAUGUCAGUGGAGCAGAUUUAAAACUGAAAGGACCCAAAUUCAACAUGCCCAGCAUAUCUGGACCAAAGAUAUCCAUGCCAGAUGUUGAUUUCAACUUGAAAGGCCCAAAACUCAAGGGGGACAUGGAUGUUUCUGUUCCUAAGAUAAAAGGAGACAUGAAAACACCUGAAGUUGACAUUAAAGGUCCAGAAGUUGAUAUUGAAGGGCCAAAGGGAGGAUUUAAAAUGCCUUCUAUGAACAUGCCAUCCUUCAAUCUUAAAGGUCCGAAGGUUGAUCUCCCAGAUGUCGACCUUAACCUAAAAGGUCCAAAAGUUGAUGUGCCAGACGUUGACCUUAAUCUAAAAGGUCCAAAAGUUGAAGGUGAUGUGGAUAUUAAACUGCCAAAGAUUAAAGGAGAUAUCAAGGGACCAGAUGUGGACAUUGAGGGUCCAAAUAUUGAUAUUGAUGGCUCAAAAGGUGGAUUCAAAAUGCCAAAGUUCAAAAUGCCAUCAUUUGGGAUGAAAGGCCCCAAAGUAGAAGGUCCAGAUGUUGAUGUUGAUCUUGACCUUCCCAAGGCAGAUAUUGAUGUGAAAGCACCAGAUGUCGAUGUCAGUGGAGCAGAUUUAAAACUGAAAGGACCCAAAUUCAACAUGCCCAGCAUAUCUGGACCAAAGAUAUCCAUGCCAGAUGUUGAUUUCAACUUGAAAGGCCCAAAACUCAAGGGGGACAUGGAUGUUUCUGUUCCUAAGAUAAAAGGAGACAUGAAAACACCUGAAGUUGACAUUAAAGGUCCAGAAGUUGAUAUUGAAGGGCCAAAGGGAGGAUUUAAAAUGCCUUCUAUGAACAUGCCAUCCUUCAAUCUUAAAGGUCCGAAGGUUGAUCUCCCAGAUGUCGACUUUAACCUAAAAGGUCCAAAAGUUGAUGUGCCAGACGUUGACCUUAAUCUAAAAGGUCCAAAAGUUGAAGGUGAUGUGGAUAUUAAACUGCCAAAGAUUAAAGGAGAUAUCAAGGGACCAGAUGUGGACAUUGACGGUCCAAAUAUUGAUAUUGAUGGCUCAAAAGGUGGAUUCAAAAUGCCAAAGUUCAAAAUGCCAUCAUUUGGGAUGAAAGGCCCCAAAGUAGAAGGUCCAGAUGUUGAUGUUGAUCUUGACCUUCCCAAGGCAGAUAUUGAUGUGAAAGCACCAGAUGUCGAUGUCAGUGGAGCAGAUUUAAAACUGAAAGGACCCAAAUUCAACAUGCCCAGCAUAUCUGGACCAAAGAUAUCCAUGCCAGAUGUUGAUUCCAACUUGAAAGGCCCAAAACUCAAGGGGGACAUGGAUGUUUCUGUUCCUAAGAUAAAAGGAGACAUGAAAACACCUGAAGUUGACAUUAAAGGUCCAGAAGUUGAUAUUGAAGGGCCAAAGGGAGGAUUUAAAAUGCCUUCUAUGAACAUGCCAUCCUUCAAUCUUAAAGGUCCGAAGGUUGAUCUCCCAGAUGUCGACCUUAACCUAAAAGGUCCAAAAGUUGAUGUGCCAGACGUUGACCUUAAUCUAAAAGGUCCAAAAGUUGAAGGUGAUGUGGAUAUUAAACUGCCAAAGAUUAAAGGAGAUAUCAAGGGACCAGAUGUGGACAUUGAGGGUCCAAAUAUUGAUAUUGAUGGCUCAAAAGGUGGAUUCAAAAUGCCAAAGUUCAAAAUGCCAUCAUUUGGGAUGAAAGGCCCCAAAGUAGAAGGUCCAGAUGUUGAUGUUGAUCUUGACCUUCCCAAGGCAGAUAUUGAUGUGAAAGCACCAGAUGUCGAUGUCAGUGGAGCAGAUUUAAAACUGAAAGGACCCAAAUUCAACAUGCCCAGCAUAUCUGGACCAAAGAUAUCCAUGCCAGAUGUUGAUUUCAACUUGAAAGGCCCAAAACUCAAGGGGGACAUGGAUGUUUCUGUUCCUAAGAUAAAAGGAGACAUGAAAACACCUGAAGUUGACAUUAAAGGUCCAGAAGUUGAUAUUGAAGGGCCAAAGGGAGGAUUUAAAAUGCCUUCUAUGAACAUGCCAUCCUUAAAUCUAAAAGGUCCAAAGGUUGAUGUUCCAGAAGUUGACCUUAAUCUAAAAGGUCCAAAAGUAGAAGGAGAUAUUGAUGUUAAACUGCCAAAGAUUAAAGGAAAUAUGAAAGGUCCAGAUGUUGAUAUUGAAGGGCCAAAGGGAGGUUUUGAGAUGCCCAAAAUCAAAAUGCCCUCAGUUAAUUUCAAAGGUCCAAAAGUUGAUGUUCCAGACAUUGAUGUUAACCUGAAAGGCUCAAAACUUGAAGGAGGUGGAGAUGCUGAAUUGCCAAAGAUUAAAGGAGAUAUUAAAGGCCCUGAAGUUGAUAUUGAUGGUCCCAAUCUUGAAAUUGAGGGCCACAAAGGUGGGUUCAAAAUGCCUAAGUUUAAGAUGCCAUCAUUUGGAUUCAGAGGAUCAAAAGCUGAAAGCCCUGAUGUUGAUAUAAACCUCCCUAAACCAAGUGUUGAUGUCAACCCUGGUGAUAUUGAACUUAAGGGCAAAGACAUUGCCAUUGAGGGAUCAAAUGCUAAAGUAAAAGGAAAAAAAUUCAAAAUGCCAAAAAUUACAAGUCCAAAGGUAUCUUUACCAGAUAUGGAUGUCAACUUGAAAGGUCCAAAACUCAAAGCAGAUGCCAAUAUUUCAUCUCCAAAAAUUGAAGGUGACAUAAAAUCCCCAGAAGUUGACGUUAAAGGUCAAGAACUUAAAAUUGAAGGACAAAAGGGGGGAUUUGAAAUGCCUAAGUUUAAAAUGCCAUCAGUAAAUUUCAAAGGUCCAAAGGUGGAUAUUCCAGAUGUUGACCUUAAUCUUAAAGGCCCAAAAGUUGAAGGCGAUGUGGAUAUAAAACUGCCAAACAUUGAGGGAGAUAUAAAAGGACCAGAUGUGGACAUUGAAGGUCCAAGUGUUGACAUUGAGGGCCACAAAGGUGGACUUAAAAUGCCUAAAUUUAAAAUGCCAUCAUUCGGAGUAAAAGGCCCCAAAAUAGAAGGACCUGAUAUUGACCUCCCCAAGGUAGAUAUCGAUGUGAAAACACCAGAUGUGGAUAUUGAAGGAGCAGAUGUAAACAUGAAAGGACCCAAAUUCAACAUGCCCAGCAUAUCUGGACCAAAGAUUUCCAUGCCAGACGUUGAUUUCAACUUGAAAGGCCCAAAACUCAAGGGUGACAUGGACAUUUCUGUUCCUAAGAUAAAAGGAGACGUAAAAACCCCUGAAGUUGACAUUAAAGGUCCAGAAAUUGAUAUUGAAGGGCCAAAGGGAGGAUUUAAAAUGCCUUCUAUUAACAUGCCAUCCUUCAAUCUAAAAGGUCCAUCGGUUGAUGUGCCAGAUGUUGACCUUAAUCUAAAAGGUCCAAAAGUCGAAGGUGAUGUAGAUAUUAAACUUCCAAAGAUAAAAGGCGAUAUCAAAGGACCAGAUGUGGAUAUUGAAGGUCCAAAUAUUGACAUUGAGGGCCACAAAGGGGGAAUCAAAAUGCCUAAGUUCAAAAUGCCAUCCUUUGGAAUGAAAGGCUCAAAAGUAGAAGGCCCUGAUGUAGAUAUUGAUCUCCCAAAGGCAGAUAUUGAUAUUAAAACUCCAGAUGUUGACUUAGACGGAGUAGAUGUAAAACUGAAAGGACCCAAAUUCAACAUGCCCAGCAUAUCUGGACCAAAAAUUUCCAUGCCAGAUGUUGAUUUCAACUUGAAAGGCCCAAAACUCAAGGGGGACAUGGAUGUUUCUGUUCCUAAGAUAAAAGGAGACAUGAAAACACCUGAAGUUGACAUUAAAGGUCCAGAAGUUGAUAUUGAAGGGCCAAAGGGAGGAUUUAAAAUGCCUUCCAUGAACAUGCCAUCCUUCAAUCUAAAAGGUCCAAAAGUUGAUGUUCCAGAUGUUGACCUUAACCUAAAAGGUCCAAAAGUUGAUGUACCAGAUGUUGACCUUAAUCUGAAAGGUUCAAAAGUCAAAGGUGACGUGGAUAUUAAACUGCCAAAGAUUAAAGGAGAUAUAAAGGGACCAGAUGUGGACAUUGAGGGUCCAAAUUUUGAUAUUGAGGGCUCAAAAGGUGGAUUCAAAAUGCCUAAGUUCAAAAUGCCAUCAUUUGGAAUGAAAGGCCCGAAAGUAGAAGGUCCAGAUGUUGAUGUUGAUCUUGACCUUCCCAAGGCAGAUAUUGAUGUGAAAGCACCAGAUGUCGAUGUCAGUGGAGCAGAUGUAAAACUGAAAGGACCCAAAUUCAACAUGCCCAGCAUAUCUGGACCAAAAAUAUCCAUGCCAGAUGUUGAUUUCAACUUGAAAGGCCCAAAACUCAAGGGGGACAUGGAUGUUUCAGUUCCUAAGAUAAAAGGAGACAUGAAAACGCCUGAAGUUGACAUUAAAGGUCCAGAAGUUGAUAUUGAAGGGCCAAAGGGAGGAUUUAAAAUGCCUUCUAUGAACAUGCCAUCCUUCAAUCUAAAAGGUCCAAAGGUUGAUCUCCCAGAUGUCGACCUUAACCUAAAAGGUCCAAAAGUUGAUGUGCCAGAUGUUGAUCUUAAUCUAAAAGGUCCAAAAGUUGAAGGUGAUGUGGAUAUUAAAGUGCCAAAGAUUAAAGGAGAUAUAAAGGGACCAGAUGUAGACAUUGAAGGUCCAAAUGUUGACAUUGAAGGCCACAAAGGUGGACUCAAAAUGCCCAAGUUCAAAAUGCCAUCAUUUGGAAUGAAAGGCCCCAAAAUAGAAGGACCUGAUAUUGAUAUUGACCUCCCCAAGGCAGAUAUUGAUGUGAAAGCACCAGAUGUUGAUAUUGAAGGAGCAGAUCUAAAAGUGAAAGGACCCAAAUUCAACAUGCCCAGCAUAUCUGGACCAAAGAUUUCCAUGCCAGAUGUUGAUUUCAACUUGAAAAGCCCAAAACUCAAGGGUGACAUGGAUGUUUCUGUUCCUAAGAUAAAAGGAGACAUGAAAACACCUGAAGUUGACAUUAAAGGUCCAGAAUUUGAUAUUGAAGGGUCAAAGGGAGGAUUUAAAAUGCCUUCGAUUAACAUGCCAUCCUUCAAUCUAAAAUGUCCAAAGGUUGAUCUCCCAGACGUUGACAUUAACCUAAAAGGUCCAAAAGUUGAUGUGCCAGACGUUGACCUCAAUCUAAAAGGUCCAAAAGUUGAAGGUGACGUAGAUUUUAAACUGCCAAAGAUUAAAGGAGAUAUCAAGGGACCAGAUGUGGACAUUGAGGGUCCAAAUAUUGAUAUUGAGGGCUCAAAAGGUGGACUCAAAAUGCCUAAGUUCAAAAUGCCAUCAUUUGGAAUGAAAGGCCCCAAAAUAGAAGGACCUGACAUGGAUGUUGACCUCCCCAAGGCAGAUAUUGUUGUGAAAGCACCAGAUGUUGAUAUUGAAGGAGCAGAUCUAAAAGUGAAAGGACCCAAAUUCAACAUGCCCAACAUAUCUGGACCAAAGAUAUCCAUGCCAGAUGUUGAUUUCAACUUGAAAGGCCCAAAACUCAAGGGUGACAUGGAUGUUUCUGUUCCUAAGAUAAAAGGAGACAUGAAAACACCUGAAGUUGACAUUAAAGGCCCAGAAGUUGAUGUUGAAGGGCCAAAGGGAGGAUUUAAAAUGCCUUCUAUGAACAUGCCAUCCUUCAAUCUAAAAGGUCCAAAAGUUGAUGUACCAGAUGUUGAUCUAAAUCUAAAAGGUCCAAAAGUUGAAGGUGAUCUGGAUAUUAAACUGCCAAAGAUUAAAGGAGAUAUUAAGGGACCAGAUGUGGACAUUGAAGGUCCAAAUGUUAACAUUGAGGGCCACAAAGGUGGACUCAAAAUGCCUAAGUUCAAAAUGCCAUCAUUUGGAAUGAAAGGCCCCAAAAUAGAAGGACCUGAUAUUGACCUCCCCAAGGCAGAUAUUGAUGUGAAAGCACCAGAUGUUGAUAUUGAAGGAGCAGAUCUAAAAGUGAAAGGACCCAAAUUCAACAUGCCCAACAUAUCUGGACCAAAGAUAUCCAUGCCAGAUGUUGAUUUCAACUUGAAAGGCCCAAAACUCAAGGGUGACAUGGAUGUUUCUGUUCCUAAGAUAAAAGGAGACAUGAAAACACCUGAAGUUGACAUUAAAGGCCCAGAAGUUGAUGUUGAAGGGCCAAAGGGAGGAUUUAAAAUGCCUUCUAUGAACAUGCCAUCCUUCAAUCUAAAAGGUCCAAAAGUUGAAGUACCAGAUGUCGAUCUCAAUCUAAAAGGUCCAAAAGUUGAAGGUGAUCUGGAUAUUAAACUGCCAAAGAUUAAAGGAGAUAUUAAGGGACCAGAUCUGGACAUUGAAGGUCCAAAUGUUGACAUUGAGGGCCACAAAGGUGGACUCAAAAUGCCUAAGUUCAAAAUGCCAUCAUUUGGAAUGAAAGGCCCCAAAAUAGAAGGACCUGACAUGGAUAUUGACCUCCCCAAGGCAGAUAUUGAUGUGAAAGCACCAGAUGUUGAUAUUGAAGGAGCAGAUCUAAAAGUGAAAGGACCCAAAUUCAACAUGCCCAGCAUAUCUGGACCAAAGAUAUCCAUGCCAGAUGUUGAUUUCAACUUGAAAGGCCCAAAACUCAAAGGGGACAUGGAUGUUUCUGUUCCUAAGAUAAAAGGAGACAUGAAAACACCUGAAGUUGACAUUAAAGGUCCAGAAGUUGAUGUUGAAGGGCCAAAGGGAGGAUUUAAAAUGCCUUCUAUUAACAUGCCAUCCUUCAAUCUAAAAGGUCCAAAGGUUGAUCUCCCAGAUGUUGACCUUAACCUAAAAGGUCCAAAAGUUGAUGUGCCAGAUGUUGACCUAAAUCUAAAAGGUCCAAAAGUUGAAGGUGAUGUGGAUAUUAAACUGCCAAAGAUUAAAGGAGAUAUCAAGGGACCAGAUAUUGAAAUUGAAGGUCCAAAUAUUGACAUUGAUGGCCACAAAGGUGGACUCAAAAUGCCUAAGUUCAAAAUGCCAUCAUUUGGAAUGAAAGGCCCCAAAAUAGAAGGACCUGAUCUGGAUAUUGACCUCCCCAAGGCAGAUAUUGAUGUGAAAGCACCAGAUGUUGAUAUUGAAGGAGCAGAUCUAAAAGUGAAAGGACCCAAAUUCAACAUGCCCAGCAUAUCUGGACCAAAGAUAUCCAUGCCAGAUGUUGAUUUCAACUUGAAAGGCCCAAAACUCAAGGGUGACAUGGAUGUUUCUGUUCCUAAGAUAAAAGGAGACAUGAAAACACCUGAAGUUGACAUUAAAGGCCCAGAAUUUGAUGUUGAAGGGCCAAAGGGAGGAUUUAAAAUGCCUUCUAUGAACAUGCCAUCCUUCAAUCUAAAAGGUCCAAAAGUUGAUGUACCAGAUGUCGAUCUCAAUCUAAAAGGUCCAAAAGUUGAAGGUGAUCUGGAUAUUAAACUGCCAAAGAUUAAAGGAGAUAUUAAGGGACCAGAUCUGGACAUUGAAGGUCCAAAUGUUGACAUUGAGGGCCACAAAGGUGGACUCAAAAUGCCUAAGUUCAAAAUGCCAUCAUUUGGUAUGAAAGGCCCCAAAAUAGAAGGACCUGAUAUUGAUAUUGACCUCCCCAAGGCAGAUAUUGAUGUGAAAGCACCAGAUGUUGAUAUUGAAGGAGCAGAUCUAAAAGUGAAAGGACCCAAAUUCAACAUGCCCAGCAUAUCUGGACCAAAUAUCUCCAUGCCAGAUGUUGAUUUCAACUUGAAAGGCCCAAAACUCAAGGGUGACAUGGAUGUUUCUGUUCCUAAGAUUAAAGGAGACAUGAAAACACCUCAAGUUGACAUUAAAGGUCCAGAAGUUGAUAUUGAAGGGCCAAAGGGAGGAUUUAAAAUGCCUUCUAUGAACAUGCCAUCCUUCAAUCUAAAAGGUCCAAAAGUUGAUGUACCAGAUGUUGAUCUUAAUGUAAAAGGUCCAAAAGUUGAAGGUGAUGUGGAUAUCAAACUGCCAAAGAUUAAAGGAGAUAUUAAGGGACCAGAUCUGGACAUUGAGGGUCCAAAUUUUGACAUUGAGGGCCACAAAGGUGGACUCAAAAUGCUUAAGUUCAAAAUGCCAUCAUUUGGUAUGAAAGGCCCCAAAAUAGAAGGACCUGAUAUUGAUCUUGACCUUCCCAAGGCAGAUAUUGAUGUGAAAGCACCAGAUGUUGAUAUUGAAGGAGCAGAUCUAAAAGUGAAAGGACCCAAAUUCAACAUGCCCAACAUAUCUGGACCAAAGCUAUCAAUGCCAGAUGUUGAUUUCAAUUUGAAAGGCCCAAAACUCAAGGGUGACAUGGAUGUUUCUGUUCCUAAGAUAAAAGGAGACAUGAAAACACCUCAAGUUGACAUUAAAGGUCCAGAAGUUGAUAUUGAAGGGCCAAAGGGAGGAUUUAAAAUGCCUUCUAUGAACAUGCCAUCCUUCAAUCUAAAAGGUCCAAAGGUUGAUCUCCCAGAUGUCGACCUUAACCUAAAAGGUCCAAAAGUUGAUGUACCUGAUGUUGAUCUUAAUGUAAAAGGUCCAAAAGUUGAAGGUGAUAUGGAUAUUAAAAUGCCAAAGAUUAAAGGAGAUAUAAAGGGACCAGAUCUGGACAUUGAAGGUCCAAACAUUGACAUUGAGGGCUCAAAAGGUGGACUCAAAAUGCCUAAGUUCAAAAUGCCAUCACUUGGAAUGAAAGGCCCCAAAAUAGAAGGACCUGAUGUUGAUAUUGACCUCCCCAAGGCAGAUAUUGAUGUGAAAGCACCAGAUGUUGAUAUUGAAGGAGCGAAUGUAAAAGUGAAAGGUCCCAAAUUUAACAAGCCAACUUUAUCUGGACCAACAAUCUCCAUGCCAGGUGUUGACAUUAACUUGGAAGGACCAAAACCAAAGGGUGUCCUGAAAGGAGAGGUUAUAUUACCUAAAGCUGAACUUAAGGGACCAGAUGUCAAAUGCGAUGUCCUGGAACACAGCUCCAAAAAAUCUAAGUUUAAAAUGCCAAAGGUUGGAUUCAAGAGUCCAAAGAUAAAAACCUUAGAGACUGAUAUUAAACUGGAACAUGGAAAUGUCAACAUAAAAGGAAAGUCUGGUAGCUUUGAGGGUCUUGACCAAGAACUGACUUUGACUGGUUCAAAAUCUAAAGGGUCUAAAUUUAAGAUUCCAAAAUUUGGAAACAAAAGUCCAAAGAUUGGAGUGCCUGAAACAGAUCUGUCAAAAUCUGGUGGAAAUUUAAGCAUUGAGAGCUCUGGUGGCAAGAUAGGAGGACCCGAAUUUAAUACACCCACAAUUUCUGGACCAAAAAUAUCUACAUCAGAUGUAGACAUAAACCUCAAAGGUCCAAAAAUAAAAGGUGCAAGUGAUCUUUCUAUUGAAGCUGGUAUGAAAGGUCCAAAGGUUGAAGUUGAGGAACCUACAGGUGGAGUGGACAUGCCAAAAAUCAAAAUACCAUCUUUUGGUAUUAAACUUCCACAGCUGGAAAGAUCAGAUCAUACCACAGCUGUUCCAAAUGCUACCAUUGAUAAAGAAAUCUCUAAUGUUGAUAUCGAAGCUGGUGAAAUGGAUGUUGAAGGUCCUGAGGCAAAUCUCAAAAGCCCAAAAUUUAAACUUCAAUCAGCAUCAGGACCCACUUUGCCAGACUUUAACAUUAAUCUGACAGGGCCUAAAACAAAGGGUGAUGUUAAAGUUGACUUAAACCUGAAAGGCCCAAAACUUGAAAGUGAUAUGGAUGGUUCAAAAAUUAAAGGAAAAUUAACAAAACCUGGAGUUGAUAUCAAAGCUCCAGAGGUUGAUUUGGAAGGGCCAAAGGGUUCAUUUGAAAUUCCUAAAAUCAAAAUGCCAUCAGGGCCAGAAGUUGAUUUAAACUUUUCUAAAGCUGACAUGAACACUAAAACACUUGAAGCAGACAUUAAAGGAACAGAAUUUGAAUCCUCUGAAGCAAGUCUUGAUGCCCCUGACAUAAAUAUUAAUGUAAAAGGUAAAAAGGGAAAGUUUAAACUUCCAAAAGUUAAAGGAAAAGAUAUGAACCCAGAGGCUGAUAUAAAAACACCAGAGGUAGACCUAAGUGUUGAUACAACUCAUAUUCAUGGCAAGGGAACAAAAGCUAAGAAACCUCUUUUCGGUAAACUUCAUUUUCCUGAUGUAGAGUUAGAUAUAAAAUCUCCAAAGCUAACAGGUGACGAUACAGAUUUAUCAUCCAAAAGUGCAACAGGUUAUUUGGAAGGUCCUGAUGUUGAAGUAAAAGGUAUAAGAGGUGGUCCACAGUUUAGUCCAAGUGUUUCAGGACAAUCAGCCAGUGGCCUUCAAUACCCAGAGGGUAAAAUACACUUUCCCAAAAUCAAAAUGCCAAGAUUUGGUGUUCUUCUUCCUACGGUGGAAGGCCAGGAUGAAAAUAGUGGGUCUCAGUCAGUCAAUCUUAAAGUUAGUUCAGAAAAUAUUGACAUUCCAAGUCCAGAACAGAAGCAUGGCGAUGUCAAAGCAAAGGUGAAGGUGCCAAAAUUGUUUGGCAAAUCAAAAGCAAAAGGAAGUAGUACAAGUGACCUUUGUGAACCAGAAUUAGGUUUAGGUGUAAGUGGUAAAGAAGGAAGUGCUGCUAAAGUACAUUCAGGUGAAAUGAUUAGUGGAAAAUUUGGCCUAGAAGGUGAUUCUGGUGUCAGUUUAUCAACUAAAGGAAAGUCAGCCUCACUGGAUCUAUUUAAAAAAUCAAAGCAUCGAUCCUCCUCUGCAAGUGAUGAAGGUUCACUAGCUGCUGUUAGUUCUCCUUCCGCUCUUUCAGAAACUGAGGGUGGUGACAUUUCGAUAGAUGUAGGAGACAGUAAGGGCAAAGGAAAGAAAGGCAAGUUAAAGUUUGGCACGUUUGGAGGUUUUGGGUCAAAGUCAAAGGGCUCAUACGAAGUGACACUUGGAAACGACAAUGAAGGACAGAUAGAAGGGGCUACAGAUGUUUCUGUGCCUCUCAAGAAAUCCAGAUUGUCGUCAUCCUCAAGCAGUGACAGUGGAUCAAGAGGUGGCUUCAGGUUUCCAAAACUUGAGCUAUCAGUUACACCAAAAAAGUAACAGUAAACGCAAUUAAUCUUUCUUAUAUGCACUCAAAUACAAUCUUCUAUUGCAGUUUAAAUUUUGAGUUUUGAAUGUUUAAUCCUAGAAUAUAGAUUUUUGUCUCUGUUUACCAAAGAUUGAUUAUAUUAAAGAGAAUUUAAUAGGAGUGCAUCAGAUUGUUAAUUUUUUUUCAAACUGUAAAUAAGAUAAAUGUAUACUUUUAUUAAUGAACAUUGUUUGUACAUAGUCCAGAUUUAUUAAUCUAUUACAUGACACAUAAAUUUACAUUUUUUUUCUAUCCUUUUAAAUAAGUGUUUUUAUUGAAUAGAUUGCAUAUUGCUAUGCAGGGGUCUCAUGAAAAGAAAAGACGCCACAGUUGUUUUGAAGGAAAAUGCUCUUUUUACAUUCAAACACAAUUUUAUUCAGUUGCCAUUCUAAUGUGUGUACAAUGAUUUAUUUUCUAUGCUUCACUAUAAGUCAGUGCAGAAUUGUAUUUUUAACAUAUAAUUUCGACAACAUUCUGAAAACAAACAUUGUAUAUAGCAUAAUUGCAAAGACAAUCCUUUUGGAUAUUCUUUGAAGUGCUUAUUUUUCUUCUGAUUGCUGUCUCUUCAUUUAAGAAAAGACAUAUUUCCUCCAAGUUUUUGUCACAUAAAAAAGUUCACUUGUUUUGUUUAUCUUAAACUGGUAUCAAAAAUCCUGUCUUUUUUUUUUUUUUUUUUUUUUACAUCCUUACCGGUAGUUAUGGUCUGUAUUUAAUUUCAUGUUGACACUUUCUUUUUGUAUUGACACUUAUCAUGUUACAGUCACCUUUUGAUGUAAUCAGUUUUCAAAUAACUACAGCACAGUUAGAAAUCUGUAUACCAUUGGUCAUAUUAUAUGGAGUGCAUCUUUUUUGGAACCAUGCUUUUGUGUGCAUUCUGCUAAGUAAAUGAAAUAAACAGAUUUAUAUAGUUAAUUCUUGUUUUUCAACUUGAUUUACCAGCUGUAAGAGUAAGCUAAGUUAAUGUCUCAAGUCCCAUCACCAAAAGCAAUUAGUAAAUAGUAGAUUGCUGAUCAUAUGUAAUACUGCACUGUAGAUGUAAUGUUGGUAUAUAACACAAUGGGAUAAAAAUUUUUGCCAUUCCAAACCUUUAUGUUGCCUUAGCAUUUGUGUAAUAAAUAAAAACACAAUUGAA